CCGUGGUCACCCACAAGCAGAGCCAGCCACCGUUGCACAGCACCGGGAUGAUUUUUCCGUGAUAAAGGCAAAGCUCCACUAUAACAUUUUAAAAGAAAACCCGUUUUUCCCAUACACGUGGGGGUAAUAAUUUGUGAAUUAUGUGACUCAUAUAAUGGUUUGUCCUUUGUUUUCUACAAAAUGAUUAUACAUAUAAGCUUAGUGUUUUGAACUCUUUGAUCUUUUUCUCCGCAUCCCCACUGGCAUCUGAACGGGUUCCCUGUUGGUUGUAUUGGAGCUGUGGGAGAGCUGGCGUGCCUCUUGGGUGCUGGUGGGUGCCCAGGUUGUUCCCUCGUGCUAAGGAUGAGACCUACGACUUCCUGCUGUUUUCCUUCUCUCCAGCUGGCUGGUUUCCACCGGAGGGAGAGCUUGCCGGGCUUGUGGCUGUGGGAAUCAAAGCACAGUCCGGCAGCGUGAUCUCUAAAAAGUAGAAGACCACUUUUGUAAAAUCAGCUCUUGCCAACAGAGGAGGAAUGUGAUGAAGCACCAUAUAAACAAAGGUUGAGACCAUGGCAGUACCGUGGAGCAGUGGGACACCAGCCCAAGCACCGAGAACAUUUGGAGCUGUAGUGAACCCUGGCAGGUGUUGCGAGGCCUAACCUUUCUGAGGUUGUGUCAGAAUGGAACGUGAGUGCAUGGAGAAAAUCAACCAUUACUGUCAAAAGCAAAAAUUUACCCUGGCUUAUACUGAUGUCGGAAUGACUGGCCCAUCUCAUGAUCCUGAGUUCACAGUUGUGGUUAAAAUAAAUGGUGUAGAAUAUGGCAAAGGCACUGGUAAAAAAAAGAAGGAAGCAAAAGCAGUAGCAGCAAAAAAAACCUGGGAAAUGAUUGAGAAACAGCCAGAGAGUCCUUCAAAUACGAAAGCUGCAGAAUUAAUGACAACUCAAGUGACCUUAUUACCUGCAACAGGCAGUGAUUAUGUCAGCCUACUAAAUAUAUAUUCACAAAAGAUGUUACAAAUAGUUGAUUAUCCUAACAAAGAACGUACAGGAGAUGCCCAUGCUCCCAGGUUUUCUUGUAGCUGUACAAUUAGUGGCAUUGUGUAUGGAAGUGGCACUGGGGCUUCUCUAGCUGCUGCAAAACAAGCUGCUGCAAAACAAGCCUUUGAGAAGCUAAAUAAGGAAAACACUCUAACAAUGGGAAGUAACAAAUCUAAUGGCAGUUCUGCAUUUAGUGAGCACAGUAAUUCCCCUGAAGUGCCAACUCAAUCUGAUUUAGAUAACAGCAGUAUUUGCUUUGAAGACUCAGCUCCAAAGUUAGGAGAAAAAAUGAAAGAUGUGGCAGUAUGUCAAAAGCCUUCACCUCCUCAGAGAGAUGCACAAGGUUCUGCCUUGAAAUCCAGAAGAAAAUUGGCAGCUAAUUUGUAUAAUGCAAGAAAUAAGGAAGAGAAAAAAGAGAUGUUGGAUUCAGAUGAAAGUUUGUCAGACUGGGACACAAAUACCAGUGAGGAGAAUGGAAGUCCAUACACUGUGAAUAAAAGAUUUCUUGAGAGUUUUAAAAACAUAGAGCCUAUUGGUGAAGGUGGUUUUGGGAAUGUUUUCAAAGCAACAGGGAAGCUUGAUGAGAGAGCCUAUGCAGUCAAACGAGUUCACUUCACAAAGAAUGUAAGGCGUGAAGUAAAAGAACUUGCAAGACUUGACCACGAAAACAUAGUGCGGUAUUAUUGUAGCUGGAAAGGGUAUGACUGUGUAACUUCUCCAAACUCAAGGCAGGAGUCAGGCCAAGAAGUUAUCUGUCUUUUCAUCCAAAUGGAAUUAUGUGAACAAGGGCCACUGGAAAACUGGAUUGAAAAGAAUAGACAAGACCGAAAGUAUCAUGAAAUGGCACAAAACAAAUUUUUACAAAUACUGAAAGGAGUGAAAUAUAUUCAUUCUAAAGGGUUAAUUCAUCGAGACCUCAAGCCUCAGAAUAUAUUCAUAUCACACGAAGAUAAAAUAAAAAUAGGCGACUUCGGUCUUGUGACUUCUGUGGCGUAUGGGACUCUGACUGAGAACAGAGGAACAAAAUCAUAUAUGGCACCAGAACAGUUCGGGGACACAUAUGGAAAAGAAGUAGAUAUUUAUGCAUUGGGAUUAAUUUGGUUUGAAAUUCUUUCGGCAUUCAGUUGUCAUGAGAAAAUUAAGGUAUGGCCUGAUGUUAGAGAAGGUCAACUUCCAGAGAGCUUUACCAACCAGUUUCCAACAAAGGCACCCAUAAUCAAAAAGAUGCUUUCAAGAGACUCUUCAGGAAGAUACUCUGCAUCUGAAAUACUUGCAUUUUUUAAGUCUGUUGAUAAAAACAACGCACUGAAAACUCAUACUCAGUAAUUGCCCUUUUAAAAGGCUUUCAGGUUGUGUUUAAAUCCAGAGUUUCAUAUUUGUUUGAUGAAAUAACAGUAACUGUCAGAAGCAACAGCAAGACUUAGGAUAUGUCUUUUUUGUGGUGUUUUGCCUUCCUGCCAUUGAGGAGCUCAUCAGCCAAAAUGGUCACGUCACCAUUCACACCCAUCAGCUGCAGACCAGGACAGUGUACUUCUGCAAGCAAUCACUUCAGACUUUUACCUGGAAACAGAGGCUGUGGAUGAGCUGAACUACAUUGUACAACAAGUACAGGAACAUAGUCCUUGUCUCCUAGCAGAUUAAGUUGAUGUGGUGCUAACUGCCCUGUGGCAAAUACCUGUGUGCAUGCUCUUAACAUGUGCUGCAUCCAUUAUCAGUUGAGGUUACCUAUUGUUUUCCACUGAACAAGUGCUGUCUUGUGGUAUGACUCAAAUGUUUCUGAUUUGUUCAGUGAUGUUUUUAAUAAUUACUAGUAUGUUCCAAGUAACACUAAGAUGAGUUUUUGUAGAAAAGAUGCGAGGAAUAGGUGGGGGUUAUUCUUCACAGAAUUUCAGUUCCUUAAGGUGAACUUUUCAACACGCCUGUUGAACACCUAGCACCUUCAAUGCUCUAGAACUUAAAAAUACAUACUUUUAAAGCAAGCAUUCCUUGCAAAAUUAAAUGUUAAGUAUUCAGCUUCUAGAAAAGCUAGUUUAGAUUUGUUCUAAACUUUUGGAAACCUUAGGUGUUGAGUUUUUGGGUUUCUUUUUCUGAAAGGAACACUUAAGGUGCUCUUAAUAUAGCAAUAUUCUCCAGCUUCCUGGGUAGUAACCAUUUGAAAUCCUGUGCUGAGAGAGCACCUUAAAUGUUCUCUCCCAUGCCGCUAGAUUUUAGCACCUUAUUGUAACACUGAGGCAUAUGUCAGACCCUUAACAAGCGUACUGAAUACCUCUGACUUUACUGUCAGACCAACAAAAGGUAACAGCAAUUUGCCUCUUACUCUUUAGUGAUAUACUUCAAAAACUUUAGACUUGCCUGGACUGAAAGAAUUGUGUGUGUGGUGGUGGGGAGCAGGCAGAAUAGAAAGGCAUAGUAGUCCUUCAGAUGCUUGUCUCUGAGCUGUAUCUUGUCAAACUAUUAAUUGCUGUGGAGCCCACAUAGCUCCAUAAAGGCAAAUGAGCAGAUACUUCUGAGCAGGAAAAUGGGUAUUAAGAGUAGGUACUGGAUGCUUUUUCUGAAAUGUUAAAUUGGUUAAAAGUGAGUGCUUGGUUAAAAGGAAUAAUAUAAAUCAAUGCACAGUAAUUUUUAUAUUCUUACGGUAAUUAUUGCUGAUCUGCUGCAAGUAUUUGUUGCUAAGUAAGAACCUUGUAAGAAUACAUCCAUUUGUAAGGCCUGAAGUUACUUUUUUUCUCCUUAUCAUGAGUCACAAAUACAUAAUGCAUUUUACUA